AUGAUAUUCAAAAUUUCUCUCGCCACAAUUCUUCUAUUCUUCCCAAUAAUUAUUGAAUGUAUGAAUAAUGAAAAAGAUGAAAAACUUCUCGAAGAUUUCGCAAAACAACAAGGUGUUAAAGAGUUGGUGAAUUGUAUGAUGGAUGAUAUAAAUAUGAGAAAUGAAUAUAGUGCAGUCGAUCAUUUUCACCCAAAUUUUCGAAUGGAACAAAAAGAUCGACCAAAUGAUCUACCAAUGGAUCGACAUGAAUAUGUUGAUUCUUUGAUGAAUACCGGGCCGCACAGUUUAAAUAUGGCAAAUAUGUUAGCUAUUUCACAUUCUGGUUCGAUGACAUUCGGUUUUCAAAGUGUUAACCCGAAAAAUGAAUUUUUUCGACGUUGAAUAGUCGAAAAGAUUCUCGAGAUAGAGAUGUAUUUGUAGAUGGAACUAUGUUGUCAUUUGGUAGAGAUAAGAAACCUUAUGAUUUUGAGACAACAGAAGAGCAAGAACCUUCGACAUCCGAUAGAAAGAUGAAUCCAUUGAUUCGUGGAAUGGAGGGAUUUUCAAUUUCAGAUCAUCAAGGAAGAAAAUCAAAUCUAUUAGUUCGUGGAUCGGAAGGACCUUCAACUUCGGAUGGAAGGCGAAGUAAAUUUUGGGAUUUUGACCCAAAAGCUCAAAAGUUUUCUGAAUAUUUGGAUGAUCGCCGGAAAAAGGAGAGAAAAGAGAGAAAAGAAGCGCGGCUCAGACAAAAUGCGGAUUCAGAAGAUUCGGGAAGACUUGAUCAUGUUGAAGGAUUUUUGAAAUCUUUGGAAAAGGGAGGAGGUUUGGGUUGA